AUGUAUAAAUUGAUUUUGAACACAACGCUUUACAUUUUGUUGUUCCUAAAUUUUACUUUAGCCAAAAGUGUGGUCGAAACUACUCAUGGACGUGUAUCUGGGAAAACGUUUAAGACGAUAUUUGAAAAGAAAACAUACCACGCCUUUAUGGGAAUACCGUUCGCCGCUCCGCCUGUCAAGGACUUGAGAUUUCAGGUGCCACAAAAUAUUGAGCCAUGGAACGGCGUGUUAUCGGCUACAAAAAUGAAACCAGCCUGCGUACAAUAUAAUAUCGUUAUACAUAAAGGGCAACCCUUUGGGCAGUACGGACGCGAAGAUUGCCUAUACCUUGACAUUUUCACACCAGACCUAGAUAAGAACAAACGGCCCGUAGUCGUGUUUCUUCACAGCGAACGCCUUCAGAACUCCUACAACAAAACAAGAGAUUACGCACCAGACUUCUUCAUAGAAGAAGACAUAGUGGUUGUUACAAUAGCUCACAGACUCUCAGUGUUUGGUUUCCUUUCCUUCGAAAAUAAAAACUCGCCUGGUAACGCUGGCUUAAAGGACAUAGUUGCUGGAUUAGAAUGGAUAUCGAAAAAUAUAAAAAAAUUUGGGGGCGAUCCUGAAAAGAUUACACUGUUGGGCUCACGAGGGGGCGCCGCUGCAGUAGAUUUGCUGAUACGAUCGAAAGCACGUACACUAUUCCGCUCAGCCAUACUUCAAAGCGACACGGCUCUAUGCUCUACCUACUUGCAAGAGAAUGUUCGAGAAAGAGCCUUUAAACUAGGGAAAUUACUCCAAAUACCUACUACGAACGAUGAUAAACUUUUACAAGAGCUAAAUCAAGUACCCAGUUCAAAGUUAUUAGACGAAGAACUACGAGCUUCACCGGAUGAUUAUUACAAGGAAAACCAAAGAGGUAUACUAACAUUUGGUCCCAUUGUCGAGAAAGACCCGGACGGCCUCGUAACCGAAUAUCCGGAAAAUUCGACAGAGAAUAUAAACAUUCCCAUUAUGAUCGGGCUUAACUCCCGGGAGGGAUUGGCGGCUUCUCUGAUGUUCCUUUCAGAACCGCAUUGGCUUAGAAUGGUUCAAAAAGAUUUUCCACUUUUAAUGCCUUUACGUUCGAAAAUUAAAUUUGACCCUUUACACGACGCUUUUUACGAGGCGAUAGAUGAAUUAAAGAAAUUUUAUUUUACAAAUGGCGAGGUGACAGUAGACAGUAUCUCGGAAUACAUAACCUACAUUGGGGAUAUCAAAUCAUACGGUAUAGAUUACGCUGCACGGAUGUAUUCCAACAAAUCUAUAAGUAAUGUUUAUUACUACCUAUUUGACUACCAUAGCGAUUUGAAUGAGAAUAAGUUGAACCUUUUAAAGAUGGCAGCGGUUGAAGACGGUACGUGGGGAGCUGCCACCGGAGACGAACUCUGCUAUUUGUUCAGAUGCCCGAAUCUCAAUGACAAAUAUAAUAUCCAUAAGCGGACCGACUCUCAAGAGCUGAAAAUGCUAAUGAAAUUGGUAAAAAUGUGGGCAAACUUUAUAAAAUAUGGAAAUCCCACUUCUGAUAAUGAUAAUCCAUUUAACGAGAUUCAAUGGCCUGCAUAUAACUUGGAAACUAAACAAUAUCUGCAUAUUGGCAAAGACAUAAAAAUAGGGAUUGAAACGAAAUCGGGAAGGAUAUCUGGAUUAGAAGUUAAAUCAAUAUAUCCUGGUGAAACAUAUUAUUCGUAUUUGAGCAUACCAUAUGCUGAACCGCCUAUUGGAAAACUAAGGUUUAGGGCACCAGUGCCUCAUCCAGGAUGGAAUGACGUAUUGGAAGCAAAAAACGUUCGAAAAAAUUGCGCGCAAUUUUAUUUGCCUCAAAGGAACGUUAAAAGUUACGGAUUCACAGGCGAUGAAGACUGUUUGCAUUUGAGCAUUCAUACACCAAAACCUCCGAAUAAUGAGAAUAAUCUGCCUGUUAUAGUAUUUCUGUACAAUGAGAACUUUAGAGUUUCAUACAACGCUACUAAAGAGUAUGGAAACGACUUCUUUAUGAAAGAAGGUGUUAUUAUAGUAACCGUAAAUUACAGAUUAGGAUCCCUGGGUUUUGUAUCAUUUGAAGAUAAAUUACUUCCUGGCAACAAUGGUCUAAGAGACAUAAUAAUGGCUUUGAAAUGGAUUAAAGAAAACAUUAAAAACUUUGGAGGAGAUCCAUCAAAAGUAACUCUAAUGGGUAACUAUGGUGGAGGAGUAAUCGUAGACAUACUAUUGCACUCUCCAAAAGCUAAAGAUUUAUUUAGUGCAGCAAUAAUGCAAAGUGAGACUUCUUUUAAUCCGUUAUACAUCACUAAUAAUCCGAAAAAAAGGGCUAUUGCUCUCUCAGAACAUCUUAAAGAAAAGGCCACGACAAGUGAAUCGUUUAUUGAACGUAUGUCAGAAAUAUCAGCGUUCAGAAUAACAGAAUCGGAACUUUUAUCAGUUGAUGCCGAUGAAGCCAGAGCUUAUCAAAGAGGUGUCAUACAGUUUGGACCUGUACUGGAAAUUGAACAUGAUGAUGCGGUGUUCACUAAACUCCCAGAAGACAAUCCAUUAGAACUAUCAAUACCAGUGAUGAUUGGUUUUAAUUCAAGGGAAGCCAUAGAAAUGGUUGAACGUUAUCUUCACAUGCCAAAUUUCCUCACAUUUGCCGACCGGGAUUUUGUUCUCUUCGGUGAAUUAAACUUCCGCAAGAAGAAGAUUUUAGAAGAAGCGGUAACUCUUGAUGGUACUUGGGGAGCGUCUACAGGCGAUGAACUGUGCUAUCUAUUUGUUUGUCAGGCACAAAGAAAAAUGUAUAAGCAAUUAUUGGAGAGUGGGGACUCUGAAGAAAUUAAAGUUUUAAGAACGAUGGUCAAACUUUUUACCGAUUUCGCUAAAACUGGAAACCCUACACCUCCUGGCAGUGAUUUUAUUUGGAAACCAGCCACAAAAGAUAACAAACAGUGUUUAGUUAUAAGCGAUAAGUUAAAAAUGCAACCAAAUAUAUACAAAGACAGGGUAAAAUUUUGGGAUGAUUUCAUAGAAAAGUAUGAAAAACUAGCUGUCAACGGUGUUGUCAAAGAUAUAAAAGAUGAAUUGUAAAUACGUGCUAAAAUGAAGUCCUAUAAAAUUUUAAUUUUAGUAGCUUCAAUAAAUCUUUGUAUAUGCAAUAAAGAUGAUACGAAAUCUGUGGAAAGCGACGAAAUUGAAACGGCGGAAGUGAAAACGAAAUACGGAGUGUUAACAGGAAAAGUUGAAAGGACGUUUCUGAAAAAGCAAAAUUAUUAUUCGUUUAAGGGUGUUCCGUACGCUGAACCACCAGUUGGAAAAUUACGCUUCAAGCCUCCUAUUCCACAUCAAGGUUGGGAAAACAACCUUGAAGCCUUCGACAACAAGCCGACAUGUCUACAAUAUAACACAAGAUCUCGAAUAAUGGAACCGUUCGGCAUAUCUGGCUCUGAAGACUGUCUCUUUAUCAGCAUAUUUACGUCAAACCUAGAAGGCACUGCACCAGUCAUAGUUUUUGAUUAUAAUGACAACUUUAGAACAGGUUUUAACGGCACUGAGACUUACUCUCCAGAACUUUUUAUGGAGGAAAAUGUAAUUGUUGUCACUAUAAGCCAUCGGCUUACUUUGUUUGGCUACCUGACUGCAAUGGACGAUAUCAUUCCACCUAAUAAUGGAGUAAGGGACUUUAUUUUAGGCCUAAAUUGGAUUAAAGAGAAUAUAAAAGUUUUUGGUGGUGACCCUCAACGUGUUACGUUAAUGGGCAGUCGUGGUGGUGCAGUUCUUGCGGACAUUUUACUACAUAGUGAGAAGGCUAAGAGUCUUUUUAGUGGUGUAAUCAUGCAAAGUGGAACGGCUUUAGAAGCAACCUUUUUUGGAAGAAAUCAAAGAGACAGGGCUUUUAAAUUUGGGAAGUUGUUUAAUAUUACAACUGACGAUAGUGAAAUUUUACUUGAAGAACUACAGAAAUUAGAUCCGCAAGCGUUGAUUGACAAAGAUGGUAGCUUGCUUGAUGUAGACCAAAUAAACAAUUCACAGCUAAGCAUAUUCCCGUUUGCACCUGUCAUAGAAAAUAGCAAUGACGACACUGUGUUAAUGGCCCUCCCUGAGAAUAUGAAAAUUGUUAAUGAUGUUCCAAUCAUGAUUGGUAUGAACUCGAGAGAAGGCUUAGAUUUGGCUACGCAUUAUAUUUUUGAACCUAGAUUAAUAGAAGAAGGUGCUGAUUUUCUCUUCUUAUUUCCUGUACGGUCAAACUAUACUUUUGUUCGUAAAAGUGCUAUAUAUGAUGAAGCAAUAAAAGAGAUUUUAACAUUUUAUUUUAAAGAAGGCUACUUUUACUAUGGUAACAUAUUAGAAUACGCUCUAUAUAUGGGUGACUUACUGCAAAACUAUGCUUUAGAUCUUGCAGCUAAAACACUUGCUAUGAAAUCGCAGUCACCAGUAUACUACUAUAUGUUCGAUUUUAGAGGAUCUCUGAAUGAAAAUAUAAAUACCAUAACGAAAUACACACGUUUUAGUAUAGAGCCAUGGGGGGCAACUAUCAUUGAUGAAUUAUGUUAUUUACAUAUUUGUAAUCGCAUCAAAAGCAACUAUGAAGAACUACAGAAACUUGUAAGUGAACAAAACGAAAGUAAAGUUCUGAAGAAAAUGGUGCGAUUAUGGGCAAACUUUGCGAAAACAGGAAACCCUACACCUAAUGAAGAUGACAACGUAUUAAAUGAUUUCAAAUGGAAGCCAAUCGAAAAGGGAAGUGAUAAAACAGAUUAUCUACACAUUACGAAGAAUCUUCGGAUGAAAAGUGAUCCUUUGGGUAAAAGGGAGCAAUUCUGGAAAGACUUUUUGGCUAAAUAUUUAAAUUUGGCCGUCGAUGGAGUGGUCCAAAGUCCAGAAAAAGAGACUCAUGAUGAACUGUAA